AUGGCGCCCAAACACAAUAACAUGAUACACAACAACCAUUUCCACAAACAGUGGCAGAACUAUGUAAGAACAUGGUUUGAUCAGCCUGGACGCAAGAAGCGCAGGCGUGUGGCCCGUGUGAAGAGGGCUUUGCAGAUUGCACCCCGUCCAGUUGCUGGUGCUCUGCGUCCGAUUGUGCGUUGCCCAACUUUCAAGUACAAUACUAAGGUCAGGGCUGGACGAGGCUUCACUUUGGAAGAACUAAAGGUAGGUAUUGGUGUAGAUCCUUAGGUUAUAUUAGGUGUUUCAAAAACUUUUUCUAUACGCAGCUACUGAUGGUGCAAUAGGCAGCUGUGCUAGGAGAAGUGGCUGUGAAACCCCUUUCUCCUCAGGGUGGUCUGAGGGAAUGCUUCUUCAUUUGCAAUUAUAGACAGCUCUGUUUAUAAUAAUUUUAAUUGACACAACUGCAAAGUGCCUGUCACUCUUAAAUGCUGAGUUAAUGAAUAAAAACAAGAAAUCAAAGGCUUGUGAGAAUGCUAGCUGUUAACUUGUUGGUAUGAGAUUGGACACCCAUGCUCGCAGUGUGCUUGUAGGCGAAACAGAUAGUGGUAAAAGGUCCUGUAGGUAGAUGUAGAUCACCAGUAAUGGGUGUUUGUUGAAAUUCUUGUUUUAUUAGAGCUAUUUUAAGUUACAUGGGGAAAGUGCUUUAAGUUUCCAGUAGUUUUCCUUUGCUUUACAUCUUUCAACCAGUCAGAUGCAAAAUAACUGUUGCACUAACAACUUGGUCACAGACAGGGUCAUUAAUUUCUUCUAUCCUUUCAGGCUGCUGGUAUCUCUCGCAAAGUAGCUCCAACCAUUGGUAUUUCUGUUGAUCACAGAAGAAAGAACAGAUCAGCAGAAUCCCUUCAGGCAAAUGUACAAAGACUGAAGGAGUACAAGAGCAAGUUGAUUGUCUUUCCAAGGAAGGCUAGCAAACCCAAACAGGGAGACAGUGAGGUAACAAAUGAAAUACACAUGAUGUCUUUGUUUAUUGCUAUGCUGCUUUACAAUAAAGGUGUUUUGUAGUUGGUGGUAUCAUCUUGACAAGGAAUUCAGGAAAUGUUUUUAUAUUGUGCCAACUUAAUGUAAAUCAAAGUUAGAGAAAACACCACUGUGCAUCAGAAUGAUGAUAGUAGAGAGUCAAAAAGUUUUUCUUUCUUAUUUUCUUCUCAAAUGUUUGCUGUGAUUUUAGUAGUCUUUGCAUUUUCUAUCCUGAUGUAAGCAUGGGUUUUUAUAAUGCUUACUUUGGUAUUGAUUUGAGGGACAAUUGCUGCUCAGAUGAGAGGGUAUGAAGUGGGGACUUCUCAUGGUGUCUCAAGGACUUUUUUAAAUUAUUGUCAAGCUAUGUUUCUGUUACCUGUUUUUGUGAUUUGUAUAGACUGUAGAUUCAGUUUUAUUUAAUAACCAGUUCAGACUUCAUGGUUAGUUUCAUCAUUAAUUUAUUAUUUGAUACAGGUAUCUACUAUAGAAAUGAUUUUGCCUGAGUGGCAUUUUUUCUCAGUUGGGGUAGGGGGUAGUUUGCAUGACUGAAAAUUUCUUCUAGUUUUUUUAAUUGGAAUGUAGUUUUAAUGAUAUGUGGGAUUGUGAGAUUAACAGUUAUGCAGACAGUAAAUAUAUUUGAGUUAAUUGUUCUCUUGACUUGUUCAAAUUAUAGGCUGCUGAAUUGUCCAAUGCUGUUCAACUUCAAGGAGCAGUCAUUGCAAUCCAACAGUCUCGCCUGCCUGUCAAGGCUCGCAAGAUCACAGAUGAAGAAAAGAACACCAGUGUAUUCUGUAGCAUGCGUAUUGCUCGUGCCAAUGCCAGGUUGAUUGGCAUCCGUGAGAAGAGAGCCAGGGAGAAGGCUGAACAGGAUGCUAUGAAGAAGAAAUAA